AUGGGAAGGUACGAUAGAGAGGGCGCCAACCUCUUUGCCCAGUGCCCAGAUCUUAAAUCCAAAUUCAUGUGGCAGGCAAGCCACAUAGGCAAGUCUUCCAACCGGUACCCGGCAAAGCCUGGAAGAAGCCUCGGGCCCCCUACCCUCAUGCCUGUGUUCGCCCUCACUCUCCAGGUCCUUGCAGUGGCCACGGACACUACAUCUGGGGCAGUACCUUCACUAGGGGUCAUGUUCAUCGUUCCGUUGACUAUCAUCAUACUGUCAGUGGCGCUGGCUGUGGGGCUUCCUGGUAACAGCUUUGUGGUGUGGAGCAUCCUGAUAAAGAUGCGGAAGCGCUCUGUCACAGCCUUGCUGGUGCUGAACCUGGCCCUGGCGGACUUGGCUGUAUUGCUCACUGCCCCCUUUUUCCUGUACUCUGUGGCCCGCAGCACCUGGGUGUUUGGACUGGUUGGCUGCCGCCUGUUUCACUAUACCUGCGGAGUCAGCAUGUACGCCAGCGUCCUGCUGAUCACGGCCAUGAGUCUGGACCGCUCGCUGGCGGUGGCCCUCCCCUUUGUGUCCCAGAAGUUUCGUACCAAGGCCGUUGCCUGGUGGGUGCUAGCAAGCAUCUGGGUGAUGUCCCUUCUGCUGGCCACACCCGUCAUCAUGUACCGCACACUGCACAACCAGACCCUGUGCUUGCCGAAGUACUCCACCGAACGAGCCAAGGCAUUCCAUCUGCUCUUCGAGGCCUUCACCGGCUUCCUGCUGCCCUUCCUGGUGGUGGUGGUCAGCUAUUCGUACAUCAGGCGCAGGCUGCAGGCCCGGCGCUUCCGCCGCAGCCGCCGCACCGGCCGCCUGGUGGCGCUCAUCAUCCUGGCCUUCGCCGCCUUCUGGCUGCCCUAUCACGUGGUGAACCUGGCCGAGGCCGGCUGGGCGCUGGCGGGCAGGGGGCCAGAGCCGAGGGGACACCCGCUGCUCCUGGCGCGCUACGUGUUCAUCGCGCUGGCAUUCCUGAGCAGCAGCGUGAACCCCGUGCUGUACGCGUGCGCCGGCGGCGGCCUGCUGCGCUCGGUCGGCGUGGGCUUCGUCGCCAAGCUGUUGGAGGGCACCGGCUCCGAGGUGUCCAGCGCCCGCCGCGGGGGCACCCUGGGCCAGACGGUGAGGGGCGCCUCCGCCCCUUCCGAGGCCCGCCCCUCCGAGAGCCUCGCGGACUCCAUCGACGCUCUCCAGUGA